AUGUCUUUUGAUCCUGUGUAUGACAGCAUCAAGUCUAACGAUCAGCAUCGGGACUCGAUGAAAAUUGAUCGUCUCUUGGACGACGAACCAGUCACGGAUAGCGGCGGUCUGAACGGGGCUUCGGAACUUGCUACUCAUAACGUAAGUGCUAACUCAGAAGGCAAGUAUGCUUCAGCUUCAAGCACAUUGCCAACUGCUCUGCCUCUUCGUGAUCCAGUUGAUCCUCUGACACAUUCAGAAAUCGCAGAGGCACCAGCUUCCAAUGCAGCGGGGAAAGUCAAGGCUCUCCACCGUCAGCAAUUGGCUACAACCAAGGCAAAAAAUUUGAAAAAGGCUGACGGGGAGCCACUGUUGCGGAAGGACAUCCGUUUUGAGUUUCUGAUGCAUCUUUUCAUUAACAACCACCGAAUUUUCACCAAUGAUGAAAAUUUAAAACUCCCCAGUUUCUUCCACAGAUACAAGGACCCGGAAUCUGGGGACAUAAUAGAACAUGACGGUCGCAGUUUGAACUUUUUUGAGCUCUACUUGGCCACAUUGUUGAAAUCAGAUCGUCUCAGUAAAACACUUAGGCAAAGGAUCGAUGAGGAUAUUAACUACGCCCUGUGUGUCGUUUGCGUUUGCUUCUUGGUCAACUUUGGCCGUUUCAACACAACAAUCAACUUUGACUACGAGAUGCGCUCGCAACUACGGACAUACCACUCGAUUCCCCCAUUGCAAGUUACCAAGUUAACGCAAUAUCUGGGGGAAUACUAUGUUUUAGACCCCAUAAAAACUGAACAAAAACCAAAUGAAGCUGAAAUUGUAUCAACUCCAAAUAGCUUAGAUUUUCACAGUUUUUCACCUGAACCUGAUUCUCAGAACAGAGAUACCGAAAGUCCUCAAUCUUGUGUCAACCUCCCCGAUACACCUCGGUUGAAAUCUAUAUUGAAGUCAAUCAAUGACACCGCUUCAUUCCAGCCUAUGACUCUAGAGGAGCUCUUUACUGGGAUAAUAAGCCGCGUUCAGGAGCGUGAGGGUAUUACUCCUUCUGAGACUGCGAUUCAUAAUGGCUUGAACGUUAUAACGUUGAUAUUCUCCCUAUCCAGCAUGGAAAUUCAGAUAGGGAAAUUAUUUCUUAAAGGUGAUAACACUGAACCAAGCUUAUUUCAAGAAGUGUUUGCGUCGGACGAUAUUUCUCCCGAGGUUAAAGUGAAAAGGUUCUUGUGGAUUCUAAUCAUUUUCAUGGAGUCGGAUCUAUCAUUCAAGUCAAUUAGAAAAUUGCCAUUCACGCAGCAUGAAAUUUUAAACCUAAAGGAUGAUGGAAGCGAAGACUAUUACGUUCAGCUUUCCUCGGGAGCCAAAUUUUACGAUCUGUCGCAGUUGUACUCUUCCACGCUUGAAAACGCCGACUACAGGGCCGAAGUUUAUGCUAUCAUCUCAUCGUUGAUACCUCCAGUCGAAGCACCAGCAGACGGGGAAAGAAAUGAAAUAGACGCUGAUACGCCGUUAGAGGUUUCAUUUGGAGAGUACAUGCGAAAUAAGAGAAAAGUCUUUUUACAGAAUCCAACGGACAAGAUCCAAGAGCGCAAGAAACGCAAAACGGAAUUCAAAGAGAAACGGAAAGAACCAGAGAGGCGAACGCAAAAACGGAAGACAGAGAAAUCAUUUGAAGAAGGUACCGAAUCAGCAGAAGAAUUUCCAUCAGAAUCUCCUGCAUCAUCCCCUGUCAAGACUGAACCCAAGACCAGAACGGACAUUUCUGAUAUUUUGAAUUCUGACACUGAUGAUCUGAAGAAUAACCCACCAAAACCAGUUGCAAAAAGAGCGAACGGGAAACAGAAACCGUCAACCAGACACAAGGGCCCUACUGAGGCCUCAACAAAGAUCACUCUGCUAGUGGAUUCCAAGCCUACCCCCAAAUCAGGGAAGACUCAAACUAAAUCAAGACAAUCGAGAAACAAAAUUGGUUCUGGCGAUGCAGAGGAGGGGAAGUUAUUGAGCAACUUCAUUAAGGAGUUAAUUCUAUACAAGAGCAAUGCAAUCCGUCAACUGAGACUCAGUGAUUCCGAAGUUGCCAAAAAAUAUUUAUUCAAUGAUGAUGAGUCGCUAAAGGUGCUGGAUCACCUAUUAUUGUUGACUGGUAAUGGUGACCACGAAAGCUCCAAGAAUUCCCAAGAAACCCACAGCUUGGUAACAGAAGACAGUCUACAAGAUGUAUUGCCAAAUGAUUUCUCAGAAUAUCAGGAUUAUGGAGAGUUUAAUCGUUCUUACAAUGGGAUAUUGAACUUUGUAAACGAUAGGCUAUCCAAGAUUUACAAUUGA